AUGGACCUGUUCUCGUCGUCUCAACCGAUUCGCUCAUUGACAGCCCUCUUCAUAGCAUGGAAAGGCUUCCUCUUGGCCGUCUCUCUUGGUGCCGCUGUCGCACCUGACUACGACACAUCCACCUCUCUGUUCUUCGACCGCAUGUACGGACACAACAUCACCAUCCCAACCAUCGCCGCCAGAUUAACACGAUGGGACGCGUUGUAUUUCAUGCACUCCACCAUUCGGGGCUACACCUACGAGCAAGAAUGGGCCUUUGGCUUGGGCCUCCCGACCACUGUCGGGGCCAUUUCAAGGUCCUUGUCGUCCCUCACGCCGGCAAACUAUGCCCUUGAGCCGCUGGUUGCCAUUGCUCUCGCCCACGCAUCACACUUUGUUGCCAUGCUAGCAUUGCACCGUCUCACCAUGAUUCUUUCUGGAAAUGCCAAACUCGCAUUCGUCUCUUCUGCGUUGCACAUCCUCUCACCGGCUGGCUUGUUCCUCUCCGCGCCGUACAACGAGAGCCCGUUUGCCGGCCUCUCAUUUAUGGGGAACCUGCUAUUCGCCGUCAGUCUCAAAAGCAAGGCAAACGGAGUCAAACGGAACGUGACAAUGCUUGCGUCGGGAAUCUUGUUCGGCGCUGCUACCGCCUUCCGCAGCAACGGGCUCGCGAGCGGGCUCUUGUUUGCCGUCCAAGCAGUUGAUGCGUUGCUGCUGUUUGCCCGAGCCCCGAGCUUGUGUACUUUGUUGUCAAUGAUAGCCCCGGUCCUGGGAGGGCUCUGUGUCGCAGCUGGGUCAGUGGUGCCACAGACUGUGGCGUGGAUGAGGUACUGUGGUUCGGAUGGCGUUGGGCGUCCUUGGUGCGAGAAGAUGAUUCCCAGUAUUUAUACGUUUGUGCAAGAUCAUUAUUGGAACGUGGGAUUCUUGAGAUACUGGACGCUGAACCAGCUUCCGUUAUUCUUGCUAGCAAGCCCCAUGCUGGCAAUCCUCAUCAAAUCCGGUCUUGAUCUCAUUAGCAAGCCCCAGAGAAUCACUACUGCUUCGAGAAAUGGUGCAGCUGAAUCGGACUUGAAUACUUUUGUGCGUGCUUUGGCGGGAAGUCAGGCCUUGAUUGCAAUCUUGGCCAUCACCACAUAUCAUGUUCAAAUCAUUACACGAAUCUCGUCAGGUUAUCCUGCUUGGUACUGGUGGGUGGGUAGCUGUUUAAUGGAUAAGAGGAGGCAAGGAUACGGGGUGGCCAUUGUCAUGUUCAUGGUGAUGUACGGCAGUAUUCAGGGCGGGCUGUUUGCCUCCUUUUUACCACCAGCGUAA